AUGGAGCUUCUGAAAUUCGUCCAUUCUCUUUGUCCUGAAGUAUCAAACUAUUUAAAGUCAGCAUUUCAUCUCCCAGAUAAGCGGCACAUUGCAACUAGAAAAAGUUGUUGGCGUAUAUACGUCAAUAAAUGUGUUAGUGGAAUGUGAUGUAAUCAUGCAAGUUUUGCCGACACCUGAGUCCCCAAGCACUGCGCAUUUAAUUUCUCUUUUCAUUAUUGAAAAUUAAAAGGUAUAUAUAAAUUAAAAAUAAUGAGCUAG